GUCGAAAGAACCGCUAACUGCUGUCUUUAGAUGAUUUUCAUCCCCUGAAGCUACCUAAACCGAACGGUUCCACGCUUCCUUCAGUAGCCGUUUCACUAACGACCUGCAAUCAUCUAUAGAAUACUGUUUCUAGCAGCAUCGAACUGUCACUGUACUAUUUCUAGCUCGCGACUUCAAUCAGCUGUUGGAACUGUUUUACCGAGUUGAAAAUUUGGCGUUUUCUUUUUUGGAUUUUUGUGAUUUUUGGAGACUCCUGACGCAUCAGUUGACAGCCGCUGACGAAAGGAUACUGACAUCCUCUAUUGUUGAAUUGGUGAACAACAUGCUCGGCGUAAUGGGCAGCCACACGCACACACCGAUGGCAAUGGACUUCUCGCUUUCAUCCGAUCACACCGUCCUCGAUUUGAGGAAGACCAAAUCCAAAAACGAGCAUCAGUACAUCACGCACCAGCCCGACAUCCAUGAGGCUGCAUCACCGACAUCCUACCAACCAAUCAGUCCCAUCGCCUGCUAUCCAACGACAACCUACUACCACAACAUGGAGUCAUCGGAGGAUAGUUCAGACAGGGGUUCGUUGUCGCCACCCAGUUCCACAUCAUACUCCACCACUACACCGUUUGGUGCAGGGAUUGUGACACCUACCCUUAUCUCCCCCGUUGUGAACAGAUCGGGAAACCAACGCGCCCCUUCAAGGCCUACCCCAAGGACCCCCUCACCCUGCCCGCACUCUCCACCGCCGAAGCGAUCCUCGGCCACGCGUCCAACGAGGCCUACGCCGAGUUCAGACGGCGUCUGCUCCCUCAGCUACAGAGCGUCUCCAGCAAUACCAACUACUCCAAGAUGAAGCGUCCCGUCAGCCCCAAGAAGAGCGACUCCCAGCAACAGCAGCCAACCUCCUGCACAGACAGCAACGGCAAGGAUGCCGCCUACUGGGAGCGAAGGAGGAAGAACAACGAGGCGGCGAAGAGGUCGCGCGA